UUGAAUUUGAAGGAACAACGAACAACGAACUUGGUUUUGAUGUUUUGAUAAAACCAAAAUAUAAUUUUAAUAAAUUAAUUGGAUUAGAAAUUUGUUUGUUGAAACUCAACUCAAAUAUUUCAGAAUGCUGAAAAUGGAAAACAUAUUAGAAAAUGUGGAAAGCCCUCUUCUAUUUUUAGUCGAAGAACGUGUGAAAACAUUCAAACAUUGGCCUUUUGGUAGCAAUGACAAGUGUAACGUUCGGAACAUGGCUGAGGCGGGUUUCUAUUCCGUGGCCACGGGCAAGGAAGAUGCGGAUUCAGCCAAGUGUUUCCUUUGCGGUAAGGAGUUGGACGGCUGGGAGCCAAGUGAUGAUCCUUGGGCGGAACACAAGAGUCACGCUGCUAAGUGUGCUUUCGUACAACUUGGCAGGCGAGAAGACGAAUUGUUGCUUUCUGAAUUCCUAUCAGUCAUAAAACAAUACAUGAUCAAUGAAAGGAAGAGAGUGGCUGAGCUUGCCAAGGAGCAAAUUGAUGAAAGAGCAAAGCUUGUCAAGAGACAUCUUAGCAGAAAGUGAUCAGUGUGUUAAACUUACUGUUUUAUAAUCAUAUGAACUGGGACUAAAGACUGCAGGUUGCAUGUUAAGAUGGUGAUAUGAUAAUCAGAUUUAUUCUUCCUUGUGAACACAGAAGUCUUAGUAAUGAUGCAUUUUUUUUAUAGUGUUGGUUUCAAUAUCUCGUUGAUAUUGACAGUCUUACCACUAAGAUUAUUAUGUAUAGGUGUGUGUUACAGGAAUAGUCGGAUAAUUUGAAUUACUUUGUAUGAAAACAUAUAGAUACUAUUUUAGUUUUAGAAUAAGGAAUAUGUAGUUGGCAUGUCAAAAAUUUCAUUUGCCUGGAAAGUCUAGUUUAAACACUAGAACUUGUGAUUUAGAGUCUGACAUCUUUAGGUGACUAUUGAAUGAUUGAGAUUUGUUAGUAGCUGAAAACCAAGUUGCAAAUUAUCUGGACUCAUGUGAAUUUGAAGUCAGAUGUUACUAUGUGUGAAAUUUUGUUAUAAUAAUGAUUUUUUUCUAAUAAAGUGUUAAAACUA